GCAACAUCAACGGCCACGUUAAGCACGUGAGGGCCUUGCAAAAAUGUCCGCUUGCCUGACAAUUGUAGCGUGCAGGCAUUCAGACAACGCAGGAGCAACGGCAGACAGCCACGCAGUUGAGCGCAGCGUACGUGAAGUGUUUGUUAAGAACUUGAGGCAGCAGCAGCAGUAGCAGCAGGAGCUGCAGAAACUGUGGCAAGGACACUAGUCCACAUGCACAUUAAGGCUUAGCACCUGCAGUAAGAAGCCGCAGACAGACAGCCGUAGAAACAACAACAAAGCAACGCACAGAAUAAUUGUGCCUCAACUGCCAUUGAAUACACACCAAUAAUUGAAAUAUCAGAGAAGCCUUAUAAAUAAGGUUACGAGAAAAGAAAAAAAGCAAUAUUGUGGUAAAUUAUACAGCAGCUGAAGAAUAAGAGAACCACCCCAAGGCUGUCCAGUAAUUCCACAACAGCAGCAACAUUACAACUUCGCCACUUUGACCAAUAUUAGUAUUUGUAAUGUUGCUGCAUCUGAAGCGACAUCUGCCGCCAGCACCAGCAGCAGUAGCAGCAGCAGCAGCCGCAACAACAGCAACAAGAACGAGGACGAGAAGAAAAAUAUGCUCAACAGUAACACAACCGCCACUACUUAUGCUUCUGCCAUUGCUGCUGUGGCAUGUAAACAACUGUUAUGCCGCGGGAAUCAACUAUAGCAGUAGCAGCAACAUAGCUGGCAAUUUAAGUGUCCUGCAGCGUGGCAGCAACCCACCAUCAAGUAACAGUGGUGGCGGUCUUGUUCUGAUCGGCUCUAGCACCGCAUCUGGUAGCGUUGCCCUAUCUAGCUCCGUGCCCUCAUUAUCGCUCACUUCGUCUUCGUCGCCUUCAUCGGCAUCAGCGUCUGCCACAUCCUCGUCGCUAACAUCCAUUGCGACAUUAGCCAGCAGCAACAGCAACGGCAACGGCAGCACCAGCAGUAGCUCGUCAGCCGGCGCAGCAUUCAGCAGUAGUCGCAGCAGCAGACCCACAAGUGGCAGCAGCAGCAGCAACAACAACAUGAAUCAUGAUCAAUUACCUGCCCAGCUCUCGUCACGCAUCAUCCACACACGCAAUGGCGCCAUCUCUGGCGUUAUUGUUCAAUUAGACGGACGGCAUUUGGAUCCGGUUGAGGCAUACCGCGGCAUUCCUUAUGCCUCCCCACCCGUCGCCAAUUUGCGUUUCAUGCCACCUGUAUCUGCCGCCAUGUGGUCGGGUGUCAAAAAGGCGGAUAGAUUCAGCGCCGUUUGCCCACAACGCCUGCCGGACAUACGCAAUGAGUCGGCUGCUCUGGAGCGCAUGCCUAAGGGACGUUUGGAAUAUCUGAAACGAUUGCUGCCCUAUCUGCAAAAUCAAUCAGAGGAUUGUCUUUAUCUAAAUAUUUAUGUUCCCAUACAAGUGGGCUCCCGCGAUGCAGGUGCAGGCAGUGGCAGCAGCUCCAGCGGCAAUUCUGGCAGCUCGUCGUCCACCUCAGCAAGUGGACCAGUGAAGUAUCCGGUGCUGGUGUUUGUGCAUGGCGAAUCGUACGAGUGGAACAGCGGCAAUCCCUAUGAUGGCUCCGUGCUGGCCAGCUAUGGACAAAUACUGGUGGUAACCAUAAAUUAUCGCCUCGGACUGAUGGGCUUUUUAAAUGCCAACACGGAUCGGUAUUCAAAGCUGCCCGCUAAUUACGGACUGAUGGACAUCAUUGCGGCGCUGCACUGGCUAAAGGAGAACAUUGCGGCAUUUGGUGGCGAUGCCAACAGCAUUACACUGGCAGGACAUGGUACUGGCGCAGCUUGCGUGCAUUUUCUGAUAUCCUCCAUGGCUGUGCCCGAGGGUCUCCUUUUCAACCGCGCCAUACUUAUGUCCGGCUCGGGCCUAGCCCCCUGGUCAUUGGUCAGCAACCCAGCCAAGUAUGCAGCGAUUGUGGCUCAUCAUGUGAACUGCGCCUCGGACCUGCCACAUGCCCAUCUUAUGAAAUGCCUACGAGAGAAGACACUCGAGCAGCUUCUGACCGUGCCCAUACGUCCGCCGGAAUUCGGCUUUGCCUUUGGGCCCAGCAUCGAUGGCGUUAUUAUUGACGGUGGCGACUACGUGCCACCCCCACCGGGCUCGCCUGCUGCCCAGGCUCAAGCGCAAGCAUCUACCGCAGUGGGCAAUGGACUUGGUGGUGAGGCGGGCAUUGCUGCUGCCGGUGGCUGGGGCACGCCUGGUCAGCUCGAGAAUAUUGUAUUAAUGAGGAAAACUGCCAUUAACAAGUUGUCAAGAUACGACCUGAUGGCUGGUGUGACACGUGCCGAAUCCUUUUUCAGCUUCAAUUCGGGCGACGUGCAAUAUGGCAUCGAAGCGGAUCGACGGUCGAGAAUUUUAAAGGCCUACGUACGCAACACGUACACAUUUCAUUUGAACGAAAUAUUCGCAACGAUUGUCAAUGAGUACACGGACUGGGAGCGACCGGUGCAGCAUCCAAUUAAUAUCCGAGAUGAAACCUUGGAGGCUUUAAGCGAUGCGCAGGUUGUGGCACCCGCAGCUCAAACCGUCGACCUACAUUCGGCGGAUCAUCGCAACUCGUAUUUAUAUGUGUUUGACUAUCAGACCCGUUUCGGUGACUAUCCACAGCGCCAGGGAUGCAUACAUGGCGAAGAUCUACCGUAUAUAUUUGGAGCACCACUUGUCGGUGGCCUAAAUCAUUUUACACGUAACUUUACGAGAGGCGAAACCAUUCUAUCGGAACUAGUAAUGUCCUAUUGGUCCAACUUUGUGCGCACCGGUAAUCCCAAUGAGCAAACCGAAGCGGAGCACAGCAGUCGACAGGAGCGUAGUCGCUAUAAAACCAUCGAAUGGACCGCCUAUGAGAGUGUACAUAAGAAGUACCUCAAUUUCGACGCUAAGCCGAAACUUAAGAACCACUAUCGCGCACACCGACUUUCUUUCUGGCUGAACUUAAUACCUGAUUUGCAUAAGCCUGGCGGCGACAACGUGCCUGCUGCACACCAUCAGCUGCAGGAUGAUGAUGAACUGGACAACAAUAUAGCUAAUGAUGCCUCCGUCAAGCCGUUGAACCCCUCGUACACAUCGCGGGGCGCCAAUGCAGCUGCCAUGGGCAACUUUACAAUUUUUACAAAUCAAGUGUUCUCCCUGCUGAAUCUCAGCUCGCCCUCCUCCUCUCUGCAGCGCAAUGGCACACGCUAUGGCGGCAGUGGCAAGCUCUAUCCGGACGACAUGAUGGACGCGGAGCAUGGCGCUGGCGCAGCAAGUGCCUCGCAGGACAGCGACGGCUUUGCUGCCUACUCGACUGCGUUGAGUGUCACCAUUGCUAUUGGCUGCUCGCUGCUCAUACUCAAUGUGCUGAUCUUUGCGGGUGUCUACUACCAGCGCGACAAGACGCGCCUCAGCGAGCCGCGCACGCAAACAAAGCUCAAGCGUCAAGAGAACGGCCAAAUGCCCAACAACAUAUGCGGCGACCUGGAGACACUAACCAUACACGCGAAAAGCGAUCCAGCCACCAUACUGUCGCAUCAUCAUGCAAUGCAGCAUCAUCAGCUACCGCCGCCGGAGUUCGCAGACAUUCCGCAUCGGGCGCCGCCGCCGCCCAAGCACAUGAAGUCCUCGUUGCAGGACGAUGGGGGCCAAGUCCGGGGCCCAGGGGGUCUGCUCCCCCCACCACAUGCGCUGCAGGUAAUGGGUAAUCAAUGCGGCACGUUAACCAAGAAAAGCUGCAUGAAGCAGUCGCAGCCAUCGCAAUCACUCCAUCAGGGGCAGCACUCACCCUCGCAGCAACAUGUGGUAACGCAUCAGCAUCAACAACAACCACAUCAGCAUCAGUCACAUUCGCAGAAUCAUCAUAAUCAAAGCAUGACCACUGUGCUAACCACGUCUGGCGGUCUGAUGCCAGUGCCUACGCCUCCCACAGUCCCAGGGAUUGUUGCCACAGCAACACAGCAGCAGCAGCAACAAAGUCAGCAGCAUCCAUUGAUGGAUGAGUUGCGUGUAUGACAUUAAUUGACCGUGCGUUUUAAAUGUGAUCUCUAAGCGCACUUUUCCGCAAAACAGUUUCAAAUGAGGUGCGUGUGGUAGCCACUAAGCGUUUCUGUCUAUAUCUGGUGUGCAAAUGACUUUGCGUGUGCCUGUGUGUGAGUGUUGGUGCUGCCCGUAGCUUGCAGCAAGUGUAAUCAAACAAAUUCCAUUGCUUUUGCCCACUGUGAAUAUAGAGAAAAAAUUAAGAAAUAUGCAAUAAAAACAUCUGUUCAAUCUUGUUUAACGCAUGUUUAAAUCAUAUUGCGUUUUAGUUGUAUUAAAAUGCCAGCAAGUUUUUUGAAACCAAUUCUAUUCCAGUAUAAAUAUGAAUGUGAAAUUUCAAAACCUAUCAACGCAAGAUUCAAAGAUUAUCCCUGCACCGUGUUUAGUUUUUUACCUAGGACCAAAGUAAUUUCGUAACCCAUUUAAAAAAAUUGAAACUUAAUUUAUUUUAAAACAAAGUG